UCCGCAUCCCUAUCACUUUUUUUCAUCGCCAGAUUUAUACGAAUACGAGUGGAGCUCCUCCAAAAGAUGAGAAACCUCGGGCCUCUGUUUGGCCACAUAAAGGAUUCUUUACUGUUUUUGAUCUCAGGACACAUUUAGGAUGAGAGGUUGGUCCCAGAAAACAAAAACAGAAAGAAAGAAAGAAAGAAAGAGAGAGAGAAAAUGGGUUUAAUCUUGUUCUCAUUCUCACACACACCCUCUCUCAACCAUUGGUGGCAAUAACCCAUUGGUGGCAUCUUGUAUCUGAUACGGCUGUCAACAGCGCUACAAACGACAACGACCUUGAAAGGUCGGAUGAUUUUUCCGGGAAAAUGACGAGAAAGAAAAUUCAGAUAAAGAGGAUCGAUAACACGACGGCCAGGCAGGUGACUUUCUCUAAGAGGAGGAGGGGGCUGUUUAAGAAGGCUCUGGAGCUCUCAACUCUCUGCGAUGCUGAAAUAGCACUCAUAGUCUUUUCUUCUACUGGAAAACUCUUCGACUACGCCAGCUCAAGUAUGCAGCAGGUAAUUGAGAGGCAUGAUCUCCAUUCAGGCCGGAAUCUUGACAAAACCAACCAACCACAAUCUGUGGAGCUGCAGCUUGAGAACACCACCUACACUUUGUUGAGCAAGGAAAUCGUGGAGAAGACUCAUGAACUGAGGAAGAUGAAGGGAGAAGAACUCCAAGGAUUGAAUGUAAAUGAGUUGCAGGAAUUAGAGCAGCUGCUUGAUGCGAGCUUGGGCCGUGUUUUGGAAACAAAGAAUGAAAGAUUUAUAAAAGAGAUCAGUGCCCUUAAGUGGAAGAGAGACAAGAUGAUGGACGAGAACCAGCAACUAAAACAGGUGGAGAAUGAGAAUCAUUUACUUGGACAAGGUCAGCCAUCUGAGUUAGUCACCAAUAUUUGUAGCUCAGCUGAUCCUCCUCAUCAGGACCUUCACACAUCCGACACUUCUCUCAGAUUGGGGUUGCCUUUCCCUGACUGAGUCUGAAAGAUAUAUAGUGGAGAUCAAGAGCGCAUGGAUUGGCAUUUUCUCAGUUGAAGAACAUGCAAAUUAAACAUGUCCAAGUAAAUAUCAGCUCAUUGUUGUACGUACGUAGUUAAAUUCCAGUAAGACCAAUUUGUUUCAGCAAAGUUGAUUCAGAGAAAGUCAGCAAAUGUAUAUGGUGAUCAGCAGUUGAUGCUCAUUAUAAUCAUGUUAUGGACACAUUUAAGGGCCAAUUUGUUUCAUGAAUGGAAAAUAAUGUCGGGGAAAGAAUAAAACCAUUAAACUGUUAAUGGAAAAUGCAUGUCCUACGUACUGUUGAGCCUCAUCCAUUGGCGAGAUAUGAUGUACAAGAUGCACGGAUAUAUGAAGCUAUUGUCAUAUAUGAACUUAUUCAU